UUUUAAACUACAUUUGUAAGUAACUAUAUUAUGUUUUAUGUCUCAUAAAAGUUUUAAUAAAUAAUAUAAUGUAAUCACUUAUAUAGUGACAAAUCCAACUUCCUCAGUAACGUAUGUUGUUGUACUCACUUAUACUUGACUUAAUUUAUGGAUUAAUUGGUUUUAUUGCAUUUUUAAUUUUCUUUUAUUUAUCUCUAGCUGCUGCUUCUUCUGUUACAACUGCUGCUUCUUCUGUUACAAGCUCGAAGUCAUGGGAAGAAUUCAGAAAGUAUCGCUCCCAGCAUCCAGGCCCUCUAUCUAUGAGGGCCUUCCAUCGCAGGUGUUUGUAUGGGGACGACCAUUCCUCCUUUAGAUGGAGGGACGGCACCCCAUACAACACGGGGAAUAGAGCGGAUGCUGGGAGGAGAAGACAACGUGGCGCAAAAGUUGUCAAUAAUUUUUUUACAUAUUAAAAUGUAAAGAAAUUGACAACUUUUGAGCCACUUCAUUUUUUUUUUUGUAAUAUAUUUUUGUAAAUUUA